AUGUUCGCUUUGAAACGGUUUCAAAGCUGCCGUUUUAAAUUUAUACCGAAAAUAAUCGCGACACAAAUUCAUAGUCACAGUGCUCUACUUAAAUAUACAAAUGAAGACCAUUUAAAACUUAACAUCAAAGGAAAUGAUCUCAAGUUUCCUUUUGUUUGGCUUCGAGACAACUGUCAGUGCGACCAGUGCUUCCACAGAACCGCGAAGAGCAGGAUCCUGGAUUGGACAAAAUUCGACAUCAACAUCAAGCCAGCAAACGUGGCCCAAGGCGAAAACUCGCUCCAAGUGACCUGGAGUGAUGAGCAUAAAUCAAGUUACGAGUUCGACUGGCUAAAAUUCAGGAGCUUCACCCCUGAAAACCAAAAAACAUACAAGGACACGAUCUUCAGACCGAAAAGGAUAACUUGGCAUGGUGAUGAUUUUGAAAACAUUUUUAGCAAACACGAUUACAAUGAUAUUGUAAAGUCUGACGAGGCUCUAUACAAUUGGUUACACCAACUUUCGAUUUACGGUGUGGCUCUCAUACAGAAUACGCCUGCUUCAGAGACAGCUGUGGAUAAAAUCGUUGACAAGAUCGGCUUCACAAAACGAACGCAUUAUGGAAUCAAAUUCAUAGUCCAGCACGUGGCCAACACUAGCAACGUCGCAUACCUGUCCAGCAAUUUACAAAUGCAUACUGAUCUACCUUACUACGAAUACUGCCCCGGUGUAAACUUAUUACACUGUCUAGUUCAAACGGCGAGCAGGGGUGGUGAGAAUUUGCUGGUUGAUUGUCAUUACGUAGCAAAUUACAUGAAGGAAAACCACCCGGAUGAGUAUAAAAUUUUGACUGACACCGAGGUCGAAUGGAACGAUAUUGGCGAGGAGGAUGGAAACGAAUUCUACAAACUGAACCGAAGCCCUGUUAUCAGCCUUGACAAGCACGGAGAAAUAACAAAAAUAAAUUUCUCUGUAGCUCAGAGGAGCAGCAAUCUCCCCGCUCCUUAUGAGUCUGUCAUACCUUGGUACAAAUCUUAUGCGCUCUUCCAUAACCUUGGUCGAAAGUUCGCAGCGAAAUACAAGACACAGGAUGGAGAUAUUUUGGUCUUCGACAAUAGAAGGCUACUGCAUUCGAGAAGUGCUUAUGAAGACAAUUCAAACAACGUAAGAAAAUUAAUAGGUGCCUAUGUUGAUUGGGACGAAAUAUACUCGAGAUUGCGAUGCUUAACAGUUAAAUUAAAAUAUGUCGAUGGAAUUUUUCAAUCAAAUCAUAGAGGAUAA